AUGAUAUUGCAGCAGAUAGAAAAGGAGAAACACCAAAAACUAAGGCAAUCGUCCUACUUAGCAGAGGUGUUCUUGCAGCAAAGAAGCAAGGCUAGUUGGAUUAAUCUAGGGGAUGAUAAUACCAGUUAUUUUUACUCAGUGAUAAAGCACAGGAUACUUAAGCAAGCCAUAGUUCAACUCAAAGAUAAUCAAGGCAACUGGCAAACAGAACAAGUUAUAGCUAGACUGUUUGUUCAUUAUUAUCAGGAUCUUCUGGGGAAACAACAUGAGGAAAGAAUCAGAGCCUUCAGAGGUUUUCUAAGGAAUGGUCCAAUACUAACAGAGGAGCAUCAUUUGAACAUACUCAAGCCUUUCACUGAAGAGGAUGUUAAGAAGGUUGUCUAUAGUAUUGACAUCAAUAAGAGUUCUCGGUCGGAUGGUUAUGGAAGUGAUUUUUUCAGAGCAGCAUGGAGUAUAAUAGGAAAGGAUGUAGCAGAGGCAGUGCUGGAGUUUUUCCAAAAUGGCCAAUUUCUGAAACAGAUAAAUGCCACCAAUAUUGCACUCAUUCCAAAGGUAUCAACUCCUGAAAAUGCUAGUCAAUAUAGACCAAUUGCAUGUUGUAAUGUGAUCUAUAAGGUGAUAUCAAAACUUAUAUGCUUGAAGCUUAAAGAAAGGGUUAGCCAUCUGGUGUCUGAAAGUCAGACAACCUUUGUAUAG